AUGGCAGGCGACGAAAAGAACGAUGUCGCCAACAUGCCUGCAGCUCUUACCAAGAUCCCAUAUUGGCGAUUGGUCACAGACCAAGGUGUCGUCACCCAGGAGAUUAUCGACUAUCCAUAUCCCGGCUCUGGAACCGAAGACGACCCGUACGUGGUGACAUGGAUUGACAAUGAUCCCCGCAACCCCAUGCUUUUCAGUGAGACCAAAAAAUGGUCAUAUACUAUGGUGGUGGCAAUAGCGACAUUAGCGGUGGCACUGGUCUCUUCUGCAUAUACUGGUGGUGUUUUGCAGAUCGAAGAGCAAUUUGGCAUCGGAGAAGAAAUUGCUACGCUUGGUGUCUCGCUUUUCGUCUUGGGUUUCGCCGUUGGACCCGUGCUGUGGGCUCCUAUGAGUGAGCUGUUUGGUCGCCAGAUUCUGUUUUUCGUUACAUACGCUGCCCUCACAGCCUUCAAUGCUGGUACCGCUGGUUCACAAAACAUUUACACGCUUAUUAUCCUUCGUUUCUUUGCUGGUGCAUUUGGUUCCUCACCUCUUACCAAUGCCGGUGGUGUCAUUGCCGACAUGUUCCCCGCUAGACAGAGAGGUGUCGCCAUGAGUGUCUUUGCCGCCGCUCCUUUCCUUGGCCCUGUUCUGGGUCCUAUUAUUGGAGGUUUCUUGGGAAUGAAUGCUGGUUGGAGAUGGGUUAUGGGCUUCCUAGCUGCUUUCUCAGGAUUGGUUUGGAUUAUCGGCUCUUUGUUUCUGCCUGAGACUUAUGCACCUGUACUCCUCCGCCGCCGCGCAGAGAAGCUUUCUAAGCUCUCGGGUAAGGUCUACCGGAGCAGAGUUGAUAUCGAUCAGGGCAAGGUCACCUUCGGUGAGACUUUCAAAGUUGCUUUGUCCCGCCCGUGGGUUCUCUUGUUCCGGGAGCCCAUCGUCUUCCUGCUGUCUCUGUACAUGGCUAUCAUUUAUGGUACCUUGUAUAUGAUGUUUGCGGCAUUCCCUAUUGUCUACCAGGAAUACCGUGGUUGGAACCAGGGUGUGAGUGGAUUGGCCUUCCUUGGCAUCAUGGUUGGUAUGAUUCUCGCUGUAGUCUACAGUAUCUGGGACAACAAGCGGUAUAUCAAAACCCAGGACAAGCACGAGGGAUUCGCACCCCCCGAGGCCCGUCUGCCACCCGUUAUGCUUGCCUCCAUUGCGGUCCCAGUUGGUCUCUUUUGGUUCGCCUGGACCAAUUAUCCCUCGAUCCACUGGUCAGUCAGUAUCAUCGCUGGUGCACCCUUCGGCUUCGGAAUGGUGCUUGUUUUCCUCGGUAUCAUGAACUACCUUAUCGACGCAUACACCAUCUUUGCCGCCUCCGUCCUGGCCGCUAACUCCGUCCUGCGUUCGUGCUUCGGUGCCGCCUUCCCUCUGUUCACCACCUACAUGUACAACAACCUCGGCAUUCACUGGGCAUCUUGCAUUCCUGCGUUCCUCGCUCUCGCCUGUGUUCCAUUCCCAUUCUUGUUCUACAAGUAUGGUGCUAAAAUUCGCAAGAGUUGCAAGUUUGCCGCCCAGUCUGAUGCAUUCAUGCGUAAGAUUCAGGAACAGGCUAAGACCGAGCCUGAGGAAGAUGAGAAGAUCACUUACGACCGUACCGAGGCUCCUGCCCCACACACCGAGUUAUCCAGCGACUCUGAUGACGAGCCUGCUGUGCAGCGCAGCCGCAGCCGUGCCCACUCUACCACUUCUACAUUGCACCGUGUGCCGACUUACGAAGGCAAUCCAUUCGAUAUGGAUCGCGUCAACACCAGGGAGUCCUUCAAAAACUAA